CCCCCCCCCCCCCCCCCCCCCCCCCCCCCCCCCCCCCCCCCCCCCCCCCCCCCCCCCCCCCCCCCCCCCCCCCCCCCCCCCCCCCCCCCCCCCCCCCCCCCCCCCCCCCCCCCCCCCCCCCUUAAAUUAAAAGAUCAUCUCUCGUAAUAGGGAUUGAGCCGAAAACUUUAUUUAUUUUGUUUGUGAUAUAUAGCAUUUCUCGGACAUCUUUAACCGAUAUACUUACAACUUUCUCUCGUGUACAAUAUAAUUUCUGGGAUUUUACAAUAUCAGAUUACUUUCGAAUUUGUUCAAAUGAAUAAAUGCGUAAGGGGAGAGGCACAGUGGACGUUUUUCCAUAGAGCAGACGCACAUCUUGUUUUUCUGAGUUAAAAAUGAUUAUUUUCGCAUAGUAUGGUCUCAUUAUACGUCAGAUAUUGAUAAGUGUAAGAAAUCGAAAUCUUUUCUUCGAUAAAAAGUUACUUAGGAGGACCCGUGCGCUGAAUUCUUGUCAAAAAAUAUUUUAUUUGUAAAAUUAAUAAGUUAUACAGCAUUCGGUGUAGUUUUUUAUGCUGAUCCUAAAUAUUACAUUAAUUUUCAAUAAAAGUGUUUCUCGGCUGAGAAAAAUGGAAAACGCCUCAAAACACAAGGUUUUUGGAAAAACCUAUAACUCGACUUUGAUAAAUAUGUGCAUUUUGUGCAUUCACAAUUGAUAUAGGGAAUGACGCCGAAUAUUUUGGUAUACUAUUGAGUUGGAUUGGACAGGGGGAGAAGUCAUUGCAGGAUGAGAACCGCUUUCGAAACAGAUUAGUCUGAAAGUCGAAUUUUUUCUCCGAUUUCACAUCAUUCGAUAGUUCGUCCAUUCAACUACAGGUGAUACUAUUUGAAGUUUGAAAAAGCGUACUGUCGAUUUUUAGUUAAAUGGAUGCCCACUGUGAGGGGAGGGAACGGGUAGCCACCCCGUUUUUUUUCAUAACUUUGUAGAGCGCAUCAGGCUGUAUACUCCCUGAUGAGUUCGAUGAACAGACUUGUAAUUGCUGAGAAAAGAACAUUUUACGAAUUUCAGAUGAUUUUGAUCCUCUAUUUAAAAAAUUUAUAAAAGAUUCAAAAUUAAAGGUGGAACUCGUAUUGUUACGCAGUUCGACAGCGCACAUUAAGUGACAUAUACCCACAAAUUAUAAUGAAAAUUGAACCUUCUAUGUCUGAGAAAAUUAGCAAUUUUCAUUCUAGUGCAGUUUGAGCCCUAAAAGUAAUCUUUUGAAAAUUAUGCACGCAUUUUCAAAACAACGAAGCAUUUUAAAGAAAACUUUUCGCUUAUAAAGUUGUUCAGGAUAAUCCUCUUCAUACCCUAAGCGGAGUACUUUAUUUUAGUGGGCAAAUUUUGAAAUAAAUGCAAUUUACAUAAAUUCUUAAAUUAAUGUACAGAUCAACAUUUUUUAUUUGUAGUUUAUUUUAAAUUUUCUCACUAAAAUGAAAAAAGUGCUCUGCUUAGGGUAUGAAGAGGAUUAUCAUGAACAAGUUUGUCAGCGAAAAUUUUCCUUCAAAAUGCUUUGUUGUUUUUGAAAUGCGUGCAUAAGUUAGUGCACGAGGUAAUGGAAAAAUCGAAUUUCCAUGCUAGAGCGACUUCACCCGAUAUAGGUUUUCACUCGGUUUUGAAUUUUUUUCGUAAAAUAAACAUUGCCACGAGACUCAGUGUGAUAGAUACCCCAUAUUUCCAUUCAUUUUCGAGAUGACCGCAACUAAGGAAAUAUCGAUCCUGAAGCUUCUAGAAAAUCCGUCUAAACCACAAAAGAUUAAGGCAUCGCUUAAUUUCCAUUUUGUAGAGAAUAUUUUAGAGUAUCAUAUCCACAUGAGAAAUACAGGGGUCACUCUGAUAGAUCUUGCUUAGAUAAGAAAAAUUUUACUUGGUUGUCGAAAAAUUCAAUUUUUAUGAAUUCAGUGUGAGGAACUCUGAAAUUGGACCUGUACUUUGUCAUUUUCUCGAUCAAAACUCGACGUGUUGACAAAAGCAAGGUCAUGUUUAGAUUCAGUGUCAAGAACCGGGUCGAAUGUCAUUGAUGCCAGGAGUUUUGAAUGACCUCGAAGUUUUUCGUUUUUUUCAAACAUCCAAAACCAAAAUUUUCGCUCAACUCCAAAUAUUUCCCAAAACACUGAGAUUCAUGUCAUUCGAUCCAGUGUAGGUAGGACAUAGGAAGAUACAGUUAGUGGAAAAAAUGUUCGUAGGAUGGAGGACAAAAAAUUUCUAACGCUCUUGAAGCUAGAAGGAUAGGAAGAUUUAUUUCUUAUCAAUCGACAGCUCUAACGAAGCAUCCUAUGGACAUGCCAAACUCCGAUUUCGUUCGUUCAUACAUCAAUCGAUAUAGGAUAUCGACGUUGUUAAAAGCUACAAAGGAUCUGUGCCGACGUCUUUUUCUUCAGAAGUUAUGACCGUUUCUCUAGAUUUUCAGCGAAAGAUAGAAAAAAUAGAAAAAUUCAUAACUUCAUUCUAAAAAGUCGUAUACAUCUGAGUUUGUUUUUGAUAGUGGUGAUAGAGGUAUACUAUAUGUGUUGAAAGCUUCAGACUUCCACGCCUCUCCAUUCCUAAGUUACAGAAGUCUACAAUGGAACAGACCGAACCUGUUCAAUUUACAAUACGCGAGUGGGUAUUCAACGAGCAUGGUCUAGUCAUACAACAUUCAUUGUCAAUGAAACUAGUGAGCCACUAGUAGCUCCAGUACAACCACCUGAUCCGAAAUGGACAAAUGUAGGCAAUAUGUCUGUUCAGCGUAUGUAUCACUCAGCAACACUGCUCAGUUCGGGUCGAGUAUUGAUUGCUGGUGGAUAUAAUGGUACUGCAGUACUUUCUUCAUGUGAACUUUACAUUCCGGAAAACGGAACUUGGAUCAUGACCGGAUCGAUGCCUUCUGUACGCGCUCAUCACACAGCUACAAUUCUAUCGGCCAACAGUUCUGUUACCGAUCUUGUUUUUGCUCUUGGUGGAGUAUCAACCAUUGGAAACACUCCUCUGUCAACUGUGGUAUAUUAUAAUUCGUCUUCAGGCAUUUGGACGACUGUAAGCAGUAUGACCGAGGCACGUUAUUACCAUACAGCCACUCUACUCAUCAAUGGCCGGUUACUGGUGACGGGUGGAAUUGGUACGUCAAGCACUAAAUUAAGCGCUUGCGAAAUAUUCGAUCCAAUAUCUCUUACUUGGACCACUGUCAGUUCGCUCAACUAUGCGCGCUAUCAACAUAUGGCUGCUAAUAUUGGUACACAUGGACAGGUACUUAUUACAGGUGGUGGCGACUUGGUGAGUAUUAUUCCAUCAAGUGAAAUCUUUAAUUUCACUUCACAAACUUGGUCUAAUACAAUAAAUAUGACAAUUGAACGACAGUGUCAUUCAAUGACUUCAUUAAUGCCACUAUCAUCACUCAUUGUAAUUAUCGGCGGACAAAUUAACUGGUCAGUCACUUCAUCCAGUGAAUUAUACAAUCCUUCAUCGAAUACAUUUACAUUCUCGGGCAAUAUGACUAAUCAACGAUGGUAUCACUCAAGUACAUUUAUGUAUAUUGGAUCUACACCUACGAUACUUGUUACUGGUGGAUAUAAUGUAUUAAAUGUAGCAAUUAACUCAGUUAAUCUCUUUAAUACUGCCACUCUAACAUGGUCAAAUACUACUUCAAUGAAUAGUUUUCGAGCAGAACAUACAGCAACAUUACUGGCUACAAAUGCAUCCGUAUUAGUCACAGGUGGUCGAUACAAUUCAUCAUCAAAACCAAUGAACACUGCUGAAAUCUUCACUAUUGCUUGA